AUGCCACCACAGUCCCGCUGGCGCCGCCCAGCCCAGCACUUCCCCCUAUUCCCCCAUCUCGCCAUCGUCCCGGCCCUCCUCGCCGCCGCCACCGCCGUCGCCCUCUUCAUCCACUCCGACGUCAAUGCCGCGCUGCUCUGGUCGCAGUGCCACUCGCACGCGCUCCUCCCGGCCCUCAGUCGCGUCCCCCUCCUCGGCACGCCGGCCUGCUUCCUCGUCAGCUUCCUCCACGCGGCCCUCGACUCCACCCGCAGCAGGGCCGUCAUGUCCGUCGUCCUGUCCUACGUCGGCGCUCUCUUGACCGUCGCGACAGUCGAGUCGGCCCGCAGGGUGAACGCCAAGAACGCCGUCGUCUCCAGACCAACCCUUCCGUGGCUCGUCUUCAACCUCCUUGGCGGCGCGCUGCUCUGGCAGCUCGUGUACGCGCCGGCCUUUAUCCUCGGCGCCAAGGCGUGGCCGUUGCCCGCGGUCGACGACCACGGUGACGGUGACGGUGACGGCGAGCGGCCCGACGCCUCGGAGGCCGGCAAGGGGCGGCAGGUCAAGCUCGUGGAGACGGUUGCUAUUCCCGUCGCCGUCGCGCUGGGCUACUACGUCCCGUCGACGCUGAUGCUGUCGCUGAACGACCCCGCCGCCAUCGGGGCCUGGCUGCUCUUCCCGGCGUACGUCUCGCUCAUCAGGCAGCUCGUGCGCCGCGGGCUCAGCGGGCUGCGUCGGUUCCGGGACGGGCCCACGGUCCACAUGGAAGCGAGCGCCGGCGCCUGCGUCGCCGUGUACGCGCUGCCCGUCGCGUGCUCGCUGCUCGCGCACGGCUUCGUCGUCGGCAACUUGGCGCGGCCCGACGACCGCCAGGAGGUGACCCGCUCGACGGUCGGGCUCAUCGAGAUUGAUAGCCAGUUCGUCGGGCUGACGAUGCUGUAUUGGGUGUUUACCGAGGUUGGUUGGAGGGCGCCUCUUGCCAUGGUGCUUUCGUCCCUCGUGCUGGGCCCCGGCGCCGGCACCGCCCUGGGGUGGCUGUAUCGCGAGAAACUGAUUACUUCUGACCUUGCGACGCGGCUCCUGGAGCAGGUCGACGACGGGGAGCGCGGGGAUGGAGGCGAGCAGACGCCGCUGAUUCGGUGA